AUGGUGUUCUUCAAAACAAAGGCAUACAGCGACGCGAUACUUGACCCCAAUUUAAAUAAAAUUGCAUCAAAAGCUGAAUUAGCUUGUGUUUACUCCGCUCUCAUCUUGGUCGAUGAUGAUGUCGCUGUCACCGGCGAGAAAAUCUCUACGAUCCUGAAGGCCGCCGGCGUGGACGUGGAACCCUACUGGCCGGGCCUGUUCGCCAAAGCCCUGGAAGGCGUAAACGUGCGCGAGCUGAUCACCAACAUCGGCUCCGGCGUCGGGGCCGCCCCAGUUCUCGUGCCCGCCGAGUCCCCCAAGGAGGAGAAGAAGGAGGAGGAGCCUGAAGAGUUCGACGACGAUAUGGGCUUCGGUCUCUUCGACUAAGAAGCUUUACAGUUUAUUCCAUCAAGAGCUUUACUAAGCUUGUAUAAAUGUAAGGCAAAAUGACAACAUAAAUACUUGAAAC